AAAAAUGGCGUACAAACUAUAUGAAAGCAAUGGCCUAAUAUUUCAGAGUAAUCAUCACCCUUAGCGUGUUUUUUUUUUCUGACCGUGCCCUCGGGAAGUCCAGUGACGUCUGUGGCUGGUGAUUUGACUAUAGUUGUGUUCUGUGGGCACGAGCCCAAAUUAGACAGUCUGAAGCCGGAAGCCAAAAUGACCGCCGAAUAAAACUUUAGGAUUUAACGGAGCGCAGCUAUGCGAUGUAUGGAUAAGUGGAUGGAGUUAAGGAAAGUUUAACGGUGUGCCAAAAUCUUUACCAAAAAAUGGAUGCUGAUCCUGUGGGUGAUAAAAGAUCAAGACUGUUGGCAUCGAAAACCAGAUGGAGUGAGAAGGGUGACAUAUCUCUCUUUCAGCAACUCAUCAAUGCAGACACAGAAAAAUCGAAUCCAGACAGCAUUAAUCAGUGGCAUAGUAACAUUACUAAUAAAGAUGACAAACAAGAGAAAUUCCAGGAAUAUGAAGGAGACCAUCUGAAGAAGGCUGGCAUGUCUGAAGAUGACUUAGCACUUAUUUUAGAAGCAUCUUUAGAUGGUAAAACAACUGUUCAAACCGUGCAAGGAUUUUUUAGGUCAUAUCCAGAAAAUCCUCCUCUGACCUCUGCCUGGAAAAGCUUGGCAUCAGGAAUAUUAGGUCAUUCUGGACCACCAAGUGCCAUGGAUGUCCUGACCUUAUGGCAGGAUGAUCCAGAGGAGUUGCUACUGGAUCUGGGCUUCGGUGUUGAGGAGCCUGACAUCACAGUAAAGAUCCCAGCCCGUUUUAUCAACCAUCAGUCCAAAGCUCGUGGCAUCAAUAUCCAGGUCUUCUUGGAUGCUCAGCAGAACCGCAUAGAUAUAGAGAAUCCAGAUGUCAGAAACCGGUUUAGGCAGAUAGAGGUGUUACAGCAGGUCACUACAGCCUUCAAUUCCUUGGUCGGUGGCAUUCCAGGUGCACAGAAACCUGUGGAAUCUCAGCUCUCAGAAGAAGCCAGGGUGAGGAGGAAACGGGUUGGCAUGCUCUUCCGGAAUGCCUCCAAGAAGACGCUUAGCCAACUGGCCAAUACCCGAGACCAGCAGCGGCUCCCCCCUUCACUGUCAGGCCAAUGCUUCAGCCCAGAGCAGUCUGGCGAUCUUGACAAACGAAUCCCGCUGAAACGUGCCAGCCUCAGCCCUCUGGUAGAGGAGCAGGCCUUAGUCUCAGAAGGAGAGGAAUCCACUGAGAUCACAACCCUCCCUCAGGUUAAGAGCAGCAGUCAAAAGGGAAGUAGAGAAAUGAAGAAUGUUACAGCAACCAUUGUCUCUCCAAAAGGGGCUACAGGAGUGCCGGCAGAGUCUUUUGAGUUGGAAGAGAUCCAGAGUUUUGAUGAAGGAAGCAUAGGAGGAAUCUGCACCGGCACUUCUGAUCAUCCAGGUAUUGAGCGGGGAUGCCUUUCACGAGUGAGGACAAAUAGCUGUCAGUCUGACAGCAGUGGAUUUUUGGAGGAACCGUUUGUUCCUGCUUACCCCACCCCUGGACCUGAGCUCAUGAAGGUGCUGAAUGCGAUGUCAGGGGAUAGUACAGAAAGCCCACAGAAAAGUGAGGAUCUACAGGAGACAGACGUCCCCUCUACGUAUACACAGGAUUCCAAUAAACAGACUAAAUUCUAUGCACAAGAUUCAAAUAUUGCUACAGCUAUAGGACCAGUUCAUAUUGGAAUGAUAAAGACAGGAGACACUACAAAGAGGCAUAUACAGGACACUAAUAGAACAGAUUGCUGGGUAAAUAAAGACACUGUGCAAAAGGAUAUUGUCAGUGACUGUGUGGGAGAUAGUACAUUACAAAGAGACUUACCAGGUCUGCGUGAAUAUGGAGCCAAUACCAUGCAAAGUACUACAUUGAAUAGUGACUCACCUAAUCUUUGUGACUAUGGCGCCAAUACCAUAAAAAAUACUACGUUACAAAAUGACUCACUGAGCAAACACGAUUACAGAACGGGUACUGUACUAAAUACUGCUUCAAAGAAGGACUUACCAAGACUAAGCACUAACUAUGGUACUAAUACCGUACAAGGUACUGCAUUACAAAAGGAUUCACCGGUUCUCCAUGACUCUGGUGCCAGUUUUGGAAAAAGUGUCACAUUUCAGAAUAACUCUCAAAAUCCAUCUCAUGAUGUGGUUGUGGAAGAUGGUUCACAGAUGGAGAUACAGAAAUCAGAUUUGUCUGUAUUUAAAAUGGACUCUUCUACCACAGACCCAAAAGCAAGCACUGUAAACAAAGUCCUUGAAGGGUAUAAUGGACGUUCUGUGUCAGUGCAAAUGUGUUCGAGCUUGGCCUCCAAGAGUUCUCUAAGAGGCAGCAUCAGUCACAGCUUAUCUAUCGGGCACAGUCCAUUCAGUGAUGUUCAGCUCAAGAGAGAGUGCAAGGAACAGUUAAGCACAGAUGUGGCUGAUGUUUCAGGCAAUGCUAGGAGCACGAACAGUCUUAAAACAAAGGAACAUGCAUUUUCCAACCAUUGGCACUCUCAGGAGAUUUCUAAGGGACCAUACUCAAUGUCACUCGACAAGAACCGAUCUUAUGAAGAUGACACACGAUGGGAGGCAGCACUUUGGUCAGGAGCUCAAAGCUUUCGUUCCUGUGGGCACAAAUGGCAGUGCUGCUGCCAGAAUAAGAACAGUGACAAACAGCACUCUGGCAACCCAGAUCAGCUAAACCCAGCCAAUAGCAUGCCUUAUUCCAUGGAGGAAUUGAUCAGCAUGAUGAGAUGUAUGUGGAAGUUUCGGAAGAUGUUAACAGAGAUUGAGGAGAGGCUAGAGGAGGAGCAGGAUACUGUAAAUAAUACUUUCUCAGAUGAACACAGUGCUGAGAUUCAGGAUAUCAUGAAACUAAGAGCAGCUGUCAAAAAGGAGUGUGACAUGUUGGAACAACAGCUCAAUGAUCUGGUCCAGGCCUAUGAUGAAAACAUGCAAAUGAAGAUGAACAGACUUUUGGAUGAACAGGCCCACCUGUGCAAUCAGCUGAGGUUUACACCCCAACCAGGACGCAUCUCCAAAAAAAGUGUGGGUGUUCAAUGCAACUUGCUGACAGACAGCCCUAAACCAUGUCUCGCUACACAAAUCUCAGAUGACACAAGGCUAAUUCACAACAAUAGUGAAUGGUGCCCUGGCAGCAAAGCUGACAAGCUCGACUUUGUGGGAUUUAUCAAAAGUUUAAAGGAUGGAUCCAUGAACAAUGAUUCACUGGAAUAAAAAAAGUUAACAUCAAGAAUGCGAAGGAGAAAGGAAUGUUGGUGUUUAGUAUUUUCAUGUGUUAUUAUAAUUAUAUAUAAAUACAUUUUUUUAUUUAAAAUAUUUUAUAAGCUGAAUUAUUUUUUUAGUCAAACACAAUGAAAUGUUAUGUAUGUCUUGAAUCCAAGACCAA